GAUUUCUUUUUUAUUUCGUCAACAAAGACAAGUGGUACUUUUGGUGGUAGAAAUAUCUGAAUGUUGAAACAGUCCCGUACAAAGCUUUACUUGCGUAUUCUAUUGACUCUAUUGCGCAAAAGCGGACCACUCCCUAAUUACUGGCCUACAAAGUAACGGGCGUCGUCUGGCACUUAAACACACCUUUCCGUUUCCUUGUAGGACUGGGAGUCCAUACGGAGACAACUCCCCAUUCUUGUACGGACAUCUACUGAACACAAGAGAGCACCUUUUGGAUACAUUAUAACAACCUGAAGAACGAAGGAGACUUCAGUUUCAGAUAUUUGAAAAGCCACCAUGGAGUUCAAGUGUGUGCAAGUACUGCUGGUGACUGUGGCAGUUUUAUGUGCUGCUGCAGCUACAACCGAAGCUCAAACAACUGAAACAACAGCUGCAGCACCUACAAACCCAGCAACAACGACUGCAGGACCCACAAACCCAGCAACAACGGCUGCAGCACCUACAAACCCAGCAACAACGGCUGUAGCAGGUACAAACCCAGCAACAACGGCUGCAGGACCCACAAACCCAGUAACAACGGCUGCAGCACCCACAAACCCAGCAACAACGGCUGUAGCAGGUACAAACCCAGCAACAACGGCUGCAGGACCUACAAACCCAGUAACAACGGCUGUAGUACCUACAAACCCAGCAACAACGGCUGCAGGACCCACAAACCCAGCAACAACGGCUGUAGGACCUACAAACCCAGCAACAACGGCUGCAGCACCCACAAAUUCAGUAACAACGGCUUUAGCACCCACAAAUUCAGCAACAACGGCUGCAACAGCUACAAACACAGAUGAAACAACGUCUGCUGCAGCUGCAAGCACAGAAGAUACAACUGCAGUUGCAACCACAGAUGAAACAACAGCUGCUGCAUCUGCAACCACAGAAGAUACAACGGCUACUGCAGCUGCAACCACAGAAGAUACAACAGCUGCUGCAUCUGCAACCACAGAAGAUACAACAGCUGCUGCAUCUGCAACCACAGAAGAUACAACAGCUGCAGCUGCAUCUGCAACCACAGAAGAUACAACAGCUGCUGCAUCUGCAACCACAGAAGAUACAACAGCUGCAGUUGCAUCUGCAACCACAGAAGAUACAACAGCUGCUGCAUCUGCAACCACAGAAGAUACAACGGUUGCUGCAUCUGCAACCACAGAAGAUACAACGGUUGCUAUAGUUACAACCGCAGAUGAAACAACGGUUGCUGCCAAUGUCGGAGGUUCUACAGAGGCCCUAACAACUGAUGGAGGUUCCACACAAGCAUCAACAACAGCUGGUCAAGAUACCACAGCAUCAGCAACAGACACCAAGCCACUCCCAACAAAGGCAACAGAGAAACCCGAAUUACCAGCCAAGCCUGCAAAGCUUGUAGCCUUUGAGCUCAGUCUUGAUGGUGACUUUGCGGAUGUUGAGAACAAAGAAGAUGAACUGAAAGAACAGUGGCAGGAAGAGCUGACACAGUUGUAUAUAGAUCAACCUGGUUUCAAAGACGUCCUUAUUUUGAGAUUUAGAAACGGAAGCAUUGUUGUGAGGUACUUGGCCAUCUUUGAAGGUGAUGACGUACCAUCUGAUAAUGAGAUCAAGGAAGAAGCAGAAAAGAUCAUUCAAAGUGGAAGCAUCAAGAUCGGGAACUACGCCAUCAAAAACGUCUCGCUUGUGGUAACAGAGGCUACUGUGGAAGAAAUAACUGCAGCUCAGGGUAAUUAUAGCCUGUGCAGUCCGACCUGUGGAGAAUGGGGAAAAUGCAAUGUCAGCAGAUCCUUUGGUGACCUGCUGAUCGCGCAAUGUGUGUGCAAGGAGAAUUAUUGCUACAACAACGGAGAAUGCGAUUUCGAUGGAGGACCAACAUGCAGGUGUGAUGAUGACCCUACCGGCUUCUAUAUGGGAGAGAGAUGUGAUUUCUACGCCUCACAGGCAUUGGUCAUCGGUCUGGGGGCCGGAGUGGGAGGCCUUCUACUCAUCAUCAUCAUCGCUCUUUCCAUCUGUCUGUGCUGCAGAAGGAAGAAGAAAGACAGUGACUUUGAGAGGCAACUAACCUCAGACAACGCCUACUGGUCACCUGAUGAAAAGGUCCCGAUGACAGAGAAGACUGAUAGUAUACAUGAUGAAAUGCCACUGUACAGCAUGGUGAACAAACGCCAGUCGUACUUCGAGGACAGUUCUGGUUCGGAGAAGAACAACCUGAAAAGGGGGUCUCGUCUGUCCAGUCAGGAUGGUUACGUCAUGCCUUCACGGGAAUGGUCGGCCAAUAACAGCAGCUUCCUUCACGGGAACCCGCAGACUUUCGGUGGCCAUGACAACCGAGCCUUCGACUGGAGGCCAAGUGUUGCAAAUGUGCCCAUUGAUCAGGAGUACAGACUGCCCCGGGCUCGACUGUCUACCAGCACCAACCAGUGGUGAACAACUCACCAGAACAAUAAUGACUGAUGUUGAGGACCACAAGUCACCGCACCGUGUGUUAGACUGACUGCCUCCUAGUGUGAUCUGCAAAAAUCUGCAUCCAGAAAGUUGGGAGUCCAAGAAAGUUUAUUAAUCUAUAUAUUUACAUGUAUGUCAAAUUUAGGUAACAGGAUAUUAAGUGUAUAUUUUCUUACAUAAAAUCCUUUUGGUAGAGAGUGAGUAACAUAUGAGAUUCUUUAUUGUCUCAACAAAAGUACAGGGACUUUUGUAUGGCCUACUAUUAUACUAAGAUUGAACAAAGCUAAGUAUGUGACUUAAUAUUGUAUGGAUGAAGUUGAUCAUUCUACUUACAGAAUAUAUGUCAGUGGAAUGUAACAUGCAAUCUCUAAGAUUAAACAUUCUUUAAUAUAUAUCUUGUAUUGUAGCAUAUAGUUGCAUGUUGCACAUUGUGCAAAGCAUAACAUACUUAGGGUUGCUUUUAAAGACUAUGGCAUGUAGUAAGAAGAAUGUGUUGCAGACUCUUCCAUGUAUUACUAUUCAUAUUAUAUUGUGCAUACAGUAGUUAAAAAUGGGCACCUACUUUGAAACAAACUUAUACUGUUAUACAGAAUAUAUGGUUGACAUUAAGCUUUAAGUCUCGAUAUAUAAGUUUUACUUGUAAACAACAAUAAGAAAUGUUUACCAUAAGUCAUUAUAUUUUAAGAUCAGGAAAUGAAAGGCAUAUAAUAAAUUAUAACAAUAAUAUGAAAGUUUGCUCCUCUUAGGAUAUUAAGUUAUUACAAUAUUAAUGUACACUACACAAUGUACAAAUUCAAUGAAACAUAUUUAGAUUGCAGGAGUUUAACCUCCACUUUUGAAAAGUGAUGGUAAAUUCAUGUUUAAUAUGUGCAUAAAGGUGGAGAAAAUGA